GUUUAUAUACUAUAUAAAAGAAACGUAAAGCCACUGAAUAACCUACAAAUAUUCAACCAGCACGCCAGUUUAACGUCUACAUAAUAUUCAAUUUUGCUUCGAUAUGGCUAAAUUUUUAGGAAAAUGGAAAUCAGUAUCUAUGUCCAAUCUCGAAGCUGUAGGCAAAGUUUUGGGCUAUACAGAUGAAAUGAUUAAAAAGUACAAAGAAUCUAAAUGGACAUUUGAGUUCACCAAAGAUGGAGAUAAGUGGUCAGUUACAAAUGAAUCAGACAACACACCUAGAUCAACUAAUACUUACGAAGAAGGGAAAGAAUUGGUGACGAAAAACUCAUUUGGACAAUGUCUUAAGAUUACUAUCAAAUUUGACUCGGAUUCCAAAAUGACUGUAUUGGAAAAAAUGGAACUACCAGUUGGUUGGAAAAAUGUCAAACUUGUACGAACAAUUGAAGGAAAUAAAAUGACAGCAGUUAUGGAAGAACUGGAAAGUGGCGCAAAGAUGACCCAAACUCUCGAGAGAUGCACAUAGUCUGAGGAACAAACAAACGGAGUGGUAGUAAACGUCGUGCAUUAGUGUUGUUUGAAUAUGUGAGAACGUCGUGAGAUGCUUACUGAAUGUAAACACAAGAUGUAUGUUUGUAAUAAAAAAGCGACAUAAAAAAAGCUAAAAUAGAACAGAAGAGUACAGAAGUCUUCUGCGAAAAUCAGACAAUCAUUUUUUUUUAUAUUUAUCUAGAAUAUGUGUCGUAAAUAAACAAUUGUUGGCAGCUUUGCAAUAAAACUUUUCUGAGAUA